CGGUUAUUUAAUUUGAAAUUUUAAAUCAGUUGGAGUGAUGAGAACGAGAGCUAGAGCACAACCCGGAGCGCAGAACAAGAGUUUUCAAGACCAAAGCGAUUUAAAGACUCACACAUUUCACCAGACCUGCUUGAAGAGAAAGGGGACAGGAAUGGAGGACAUUGGAGACUUGGACUUGGUGCAGCUGGUUGAUGGCCUGGAUCCUGAGGAGCUCAUUUCACAGCUGGAGGAAAUGUGGGAUGAAGAACCAUUUCCAGAGGUGGAGUUUGAGGAGCCUGACCUGGAAGUGGUCUCACCUCUGAGCCUUCCAUCACCACCUCCGGCAGAAAGAGCAACAUCAGUGCUCCCUUCACCAUCUCCAUCCCUUCCUUCAGCAUCUCCAACCUUGCCAGUGAUGUUGACCCCUGCACUGGCUCCAGCUGCCCAUCUGACAGUGCUACCGUCACCAUCUCCUGCACGGCCUCCCUCCCACCAUCAGCCCGACGCUGCUUUCUCCAGCAACCACUGCUGCGUGAGCCACAAUGCUCAGUGGAGCCCUUGCUUCUACUUUGGCCCCAUGCCCUACUAUUCUGCAGCACAGUGGCCGCCGCAGCUCUACAUCCCAAACGUGACCUUGAACCACCACGGCCAUCAGACGACCCUUGUGCAACCUGUGGGAUAUUUUGUGCCAGUAAACCUGCUGCCCCAGUGUCACAACCUCUUUCGCUGACGUCACCGCCACAGCCUGCACCUCCUGCACUUGAACUGCACAGCCAGCUUCGACCACUGGACUCCUGGACCUCACCAGCCACUCGUCUGGGAUCUCCACCACAGCACUGCUUCAACCACGUCACACCCAGUUGAUAGGGAGCCAGAGCUUCGUGCCAACUGGAUGUCUGUGCUGCUGAGAAGAAGAUGGGCGGCUGGAGACAUGCUGAGGAGCCAGUAAACCUGCAGCCCCAGUUGAUAGGGAGCCAGAGCUUCGUGCCAACAGGAGGUCUGUUCUGCUGAGACGAAGAUGGGCGGCUGGAGACAUGCUGAGAAAGGUGCCAGCGGGCCGAGAAGAUGCAGCAGAAAAGGGAUCAGGACGCAGGAAGAUCUUCAGCCGCCUAUUCUUCAUCAACAGCAUUAUCAUGAGGAAUGAUGUAAAUGUGAG